AUGGCCUCAAAAACAAAUAGUCCCGUUCCAUCCACAACCAAAAACUUCAAACAAGAAAUCAUUUCGAUUAAAAACAAAUCAGAAAACAAGUAUUGUGCUGAUUGCCUCGCAACAGAAACAGCAUGGGCAUCUACGAAUUUAGGUGUUUUUAUUUGUAUUAACUGUUCGGGUGUACAUCGAAGUUUAGGAACACAUGUGUCAAAAGUCAAAAGUGUAGAGCUCGAUGAAUGGAAUGAUGAAGAACAAUAUGAAAUUAUGAGUCGGGUUGGAAAUGUAGAGGCUAAUGCCUAUUGGGAGUGUAAUUUAUUUCCUUUUGAAAAACCAUCGGCACAUGACAAGUACUCCUAUAGGAAAAAAUUCAUCACCGACAAGUACAUUAAAAAGACAUACAUUCCUUCUAUGGAAAAUUCAGAUUUCAAACUUGAAAGAGAAUUUGAUAUUGCGUUGACCAGUAAAAAGGGUCACAUUACAAAGCAAGGAGCAAAAAGAAAGAACUGGAAAAAGAGAUGGUUUGUUCUCCAUGACGACACUCUCUCGUAUUAUAAGAGUGACAAUGAUUCCUAUCCUGCAGGAAGUGUGAAAAUUGAAAUUGACAGUUUGGUCAUGUUUGUGGAUGAAUUUCAAAUCGGAAAAAAGAAUUGUUUUGCAGUGGUCACAAAAAACCGAAAUUAUUACAUGUUUUGUGACUUGGAAGAAGAAGUCAAUGAAUGGGUUUAUGCUCUUCGUGCCAGUGUGUAUUAUGCAAAUUUAAAGAAAGUGUACAAUGAUCCAAGAAACUUCCUUCGUGGCGAUCAAGCAAAGCGAGUGGAAAAGAAGGGUAUUUUGAAAAAACAAGGAGGUAGUUUCAAAAGUAUCCGAACAAGAUUCUUUGUGUUAAAAGAUAGUACUCUCUCUUAUUAUAAGAGUGAAAAAGAAAUGGAACCUAUUGACUCGAUUGAUUUAAAAGGUACUCGAGUGGAACAAACCAAAAACACAAAAUGUGGAAUUACUUUACACACCGUUGGAAGACAAUACUUUUUCUUGGCAGAAACUGAAAAAGAUCGAGAAGAAUGGAUUGAAGCCAUUAACAACGUCACCAAAGUUCUCAACGAAGGAGAACUUAUUCAAAAGAAGUCGAUUGCAAUCCAUCAACUUAUUAUCAACAAAAUCAAAGAGGCCAAGAAAGAGAGAGCCAAUGAAAUUUUAGGAGAACAAGUUUCUCCUCAUUCACCCAUGAUGUGGAAGAGUCUUUCAUUUCACAGAUGUAGAAAUCAAUUUUUGGAUCGACUCGAAGAAGGAUCUCUAUCAGAUGGAAACAUGAAUCCAGUUGAACGAUUGAAAAGUCUAUUUCAAGAAGGAAAAGUUGUGAAACCACAUGGCUCUAGUUUGGGCGAACAUGAAGAUUUAAACAAUUCACGUGUCUCACUCAUGUAUCCAGAAGGAAUGAAAAUAUUGGGAAAUUUGAAUGAUGAGAAAAAAAUUUCGUUAUUGACACCAGCGUCACCAUCGUCAUCCAAUGGAGCUGUUGGCAUUCCUAAAGCAUCUCUGUUGUCCAAUGCAGAUUCUACAGGUAGUAGUCCUUCUGCUAGCUCUCCUCCUAUGAAUAGUCAUGAACAACCUUACAAAAUUGAUGACAUCAAACUUGAAAAGCAAAAGAAUCAGAAAAAGGCCAAGAAAGAUCAACUUGUCAUUGAACAUGACGUUGUUGAUGGUGAUCAUGCAAUGGAAAUUAUGAUUAAGGACUCUUUAUCAGUGAAAAGAAAUAAUAACAUGGUUCGAGAAUCUGACGAUUUGGAUGAUUUAGAUGAUCUCAUUAACCGCACAGAAAGCGUGAAACUGAAAUAUGAAAGUAGUAGUGAAGAGGAAGAAAUUUCAAGUAAUGACGAAGACGUUGUUGUUGUUUCAGGAUCCUCUCAUACGAAUGCUAGCACGACUCCACAAAAAUUAACAAGUUUGUCACAAAGUCAGUCCUCAUCCAAAGUUUCUCUUCAAUCGUCAGCAUCCUCUCGAAGAAUUUUGGAUUCAGACUCGGAUGGUUCCGAUCAAGAAAUUUCACUUUCUCAAUCGAAUGUGAAACCUCAAACAAAGAAUUCGGAUGCAAAGACAACAAAGAUUUCACUCAAACAAGAUAGUGUGUCAUCCGAUGAUGAUGAAGAAGAUGAAGCUGCCACAGUUGAAGCAACAUUUACCAUCACUCCAGUUCAAACACCAACUUCUCCAUCAGUUUCAAAAAUUAAAACAAGAAAUGUCACACAACGAAGUGAUAAAGACAAACCAAAGAGAAAGAAGAAGCAUCAAACAACAUUUAGAAGAAUGCAUACAUUGGUCGAGGAUCAAUUACAAUCGAUUGGAAUUGAUGUUGAAUAA